AUGAACCUGGAAGCGAACAUGUCCUCGCCGGAGGUGGACAUUGAUGUGAACGUAGUGUCAAGCCCGGAGCCAAGUCCGCGGCCGCUCGACAGUCCCCAGCCGGGACAGACGGGCAGUGACGAUGAGCAGCGCUCAUCGCCCGACACUCAACACCACCAGUCGCAGUCGGCCUAUUCCACACCAUCUCAACAACCACCACAACAAUUAAAAGCAACGCACUCACCAACGCAAUCACUGCAGCAGCAGCAGCAGCAACACCAACAACAGCUGCACCACCAACAGCAGAACCACCUGAGUCCGCACGCAGUAACAGGCGGUGGACACGGUGUUGUUCUACAGCAUCACUCUGCGAUGGUGGCGGCUGCGGCGGCCGCCGCCGCCCUGCAUCAUCAGGCGGCAGCAGCCGCUGCCCAGGCAGCCGGACAGCACGGUUGCGGUUCCUACCAUGUGCCGCCGGUAGUUGCGGCCCCUGCACCGGCCAACCCGGUCAACAGCACCAUCAACAGCACCAACAGCGCCAGCAACAACUUCAACCACAGUCCCGACUCACGGUUAAGUCCCCCGAAAACUCCUCCAGAGCAGCAGCAGCAGCAGCCGCAACACCAUCACCACCAUCAUCCGCAGCAGCAGCAGCAGCAGCAGCAGCAUCACCAACAGCAACAUCCCGCACAUCAUCAGCAUCCGCCGCUUCAUCCUCACUCGCAUAUCAAUCAACUACCGCAUCAGCAAACGCAACAGCAGCAGUCACCGCACGCGGUACAGCCGACGGUUGGCAAAACGUCGACCAAUCCGGGCUACACUAGCUUCUCGAUCUCGAGCAUACUGAGCCGGACGGAGCCAGUCUCGAAGAAGGGCAUCGGUGUGAUAACGCCCGUACCGUCGCUACCGUUGUCGGCGGCGGCGGCUGCUGCUGCUGCCGCUGCCUCCGUGUCGAACGGUACCGUCAGUCUUGGGUCGAAUGGUACGCCGAGCACGCAGGAUGCCGCCAUGUUGUCAAGAUUGGGAUUCAUGUCACAGUGGAGUGCGAUUGCUAAUCGGUAUGCAGCUCUUUGCCCACCCGGCUGGCCCUGGCCACCGGCGUCGCAUCGGAUGCCGUUCCACAGCCCCAACAACGACAACUCCGCCAAUGCGAUCGAAAACCAGUCACCCUCGCUGACACCACCCCCUUCCCAGCAAUCAAAGUCCCCAUCGCCACAUCCCGCCUUUCUUGGCGGCCGUGCGACCGGUUGCGGUGGUACGGGCGGACUGGUUGGAAUGGGCGGAUCCGGUGCCGGCGGUGGACCGGGCGGUUCCGGUGGCGUUAGCAACGGUGAUGACUGCGAGUCGGACGACGACGGGCAGGAAAUCAUCGAAGAGGACGACGAAAGUGAUCGCCCGUCCGAUUCGGCCUCACCAAACUCCAACGGCAGUGCAAUGCAGGCGAAGCGAAAGAAGAAAACGCGAACAGUGUUUUCGCGCGCGCAGGUGUUCCAGCUCGAGUCUACCUUCGAUCUGAAACGCUAUCUCAGCUCCUCGGAACGUGCCGGACUGGCGGCGUCCCUGCGCCUUACCGAAACGCAGGUAAAGAUCUGGUUCCAGAACCGGCGGAACAAGUGGAAACGGCAGCUAGCGGCCGAGCUGGAGGCAGCCAACAUGGCCAAUAUGGCGCACGCCGCGCAACGUUUGGUGCGGGUCCCGGUACUCUACCACGAGGGUGCGACCGGUGGCUUUGUACCACCUCCUCCACAUCCACACUCGCAGCAGCUUUACUACACGACGUCGGCGGCCCGUGCCGGUUCACCGCCACGACCACCGCUCUCGUCGCUAGUGUAAUGGAGGCUACCGGGAGCCGACGUUGGACAGCUCGGGUAAGUGGUACAGGGGGAUCACCCGUACCACACUAGCCACACCUUCGGACUUCCUUUAUAUGCAUUAUGAUACAGAGAGAG